CAGGUCUGGAGAAGGCCGGCGAAGGGGAACUCGCUCUCCGCCUCCACGCGCACAUGCAGGCCCAGGGGCUGGAGGCGGACACCGCGACGAUCGUCCGGCUUCUGGAGGCCCUGAACAAGGGAAGGAUGCCAGAGCGCAGUUUAAAGAUCUGGUCCGACCUGGAGGGUCGCCGAGAAGAUGUUCGACGUAACGUGAACGUGACCAACGCUGUCCUGAGCGCCAUGGCCGCCGUUGAUCCCUUGGCCGCCGUCGAGUUCUUCCACGACAUGCGCGACCGGGACCAAGUAGACGACCGGUCCUACACCUAUGCCUUCACGGCGUACGACAACUUGGGCGACAUCACCGGGGUUCAACGGCUGUGGGAGGAAAUGCGAGUCCGAGGCCUGACCUUCGACCGGGUCUCGUAUGGCUCCUUGUUGCGGGCGCUGGCCCACGCCGGGGAGGUGAAGCAGGCGAUGGAGGGGCUCAGGCACUCAGAGAAUGUGGGGGUGCCGCUCAAUAACUACACCAUUGCGCUCACUUUGAUCGGGUGCAAGCGGACGCGGCAGUGGAGCACGGCCUUGAGCAUGCUUCGCGAGCUCCGGGAUGAGAGGGGGCUGUCGCUGAACGUGGUGUGCUACAACUCCGUCCUAACGGUUUGCAACGCGGCUGGCCAGUGGCGAGCCUGUUUGCGGCUUUUGGAAGAAAUGGGAGAGCAUCAAGUUGAGAUCGACUACACCUCCCUGCGGGUGACCCUCAAUGCGUUGGCCUCCGCGGGUCGCUACAAUGAGGUCGUGAGUCUUUACCGGCGCCACGAGGAGCUUGACGGCGUGCUGGCACGGAAGCUCGACACCUUUGCAUUCCGUCUCAUCGCUAACGCCUUCAUUAAAGUGGACCCUGUUGCGGCAGUAUCUAUGAUAAAGAAGCACGUACAAAGGUUCUCGGGGGGAGCGGUGCGCUCUGGCGCCGGUGACGUGCCAGUAGGGUCAUCGCAGCCCGGUAGACAUCAAUAUCACAGGUCAUCAGCUGGGAGUCCUGCGCGCCAGUUCAGGAGGGGCCAAGAGCAGUCGACCGCCCUGGUAGAUUCGAGACUGUAUAAAUCUCUCAUCACGGCGUUGGGACACAAAGGGGAGUGGGAGCAGGCCGUGCAAGUCCUCCAGGCUCUGGAACCCCCCCUGCGAGACAUUUCAACGAUUUCUGCGACUGCCAGCGCCUUACUUCGCUCUGAGCAGUACAGUCGCGCGCGUGAUUUGUUGCUUGAGGCGGAAGAAACGGUGCCAGGCGCCCAGUUCGACGGCGUGGCCGACUCGUUGGGGCUGCAGGCCGCGUACAUGGCAGAAGAUUAUGCGCAGGCAGGGCUCUACCUGGACAGGUUGAUUCAGGCUGGUAACCACGGAAACUCCAGCGCAAACUUUGGUUUCUGCUUGCUGGCGAAACAGGGGAAGUGGCAAGAGCUCUCGACGCUCUUGCUCGACAUUUCUAGGCUGCAGGAAGAGCAUGGAAGGCGAUACAUCGUGAGCCGGACAACCUUAGAGACCUUCGCGAACUUGACGUCAUGGACGCUGGACUCGGAAGCUCCUGGUGGAAUGGUCAAGUCCCUGAACGCGGAGGGAUCCGAAGGGGAGAUGGAGCACGUUGAGCCAGCUGUCUUGGCGAAUAUUAUGGAGACUGUGUGCAAGAUGAGUGAAGCAGGGAAUCUUGAAAACGCGACUCUAGGCUUCGCAGGAACGCAAAGUGGCAUGAACUCGCAAACGUUCGCAGAGUUGACCAAGGAAAAGUCUGUCCAGCAGGUCGGUUAGACGCGAAAAGUAAAAUAGGAUAGUCUGGACUGUCCCAACGUGGUGGUGCGGACAGGUUCGUGAAAAAGAAUGGCAUAGGUGACUGCGUGUAAUCAACGAGCCGGCAUUUAAAGAAGGGAAACGAUAGUGUCGUUGGAACGACACGAAAGUAAUGAUUUAAUGUUGAUGUUUCGG